AUGGGGAUUAUUCGGUUACUUCAGUAUUUUAGAUGGACAUGGGUCGGUCUUUUUGCUGUGGAUGAUGAGAGUGGAGAACAUUUCAUGCAGGCCCUACAAGUGUUGUUACUCAAGAAUAAAAUGUGCCUUGCCUUCACAGAAAGAAUUCCAAACCAGAGCGACUGGGAUAUCUUUGGUGCCAUUAUGGAUUUAGCCUCAAAGAUUCAUCUGCCUUUCAUACAGAGCAAAGCUAAUACAUUUAUUCUGUAUGGAGAAACGAAGACCAUUUCGAGGCUGAUUGCUCUGAUGUUUAUGGGGGACAUCAACUAUAAGGAAAAUAUAUCAUAUAGAAAAGUGUGGAUUAUCACAAGCCAGGUUGAUUUUGCUUUAACAGGCAGCCAAAGGGCUUGGGAUUUUGACUUCUUCCAUGGAGCUAUUUGUUUCACAAUCCACUCAAAUAAACUUCUAGCAUUCCAGAAAUUUCUUCACACUGUAAAACCAUCUUGGACAAAAGGAGAUGGUUUUCUCAAGGACUUUUGGGAACAAGCCUUUGACUGUACAUUUCCUAAUCAGCAAGAGCUGAUGAAAGUUGAUGGCACAUGUACUGGGGAAGAGAAGUUGGAAGAUCUCCCUGGGUCUCUUUUUGAAAUGUACAUGACUGGCCAUAGUUACAGUAUCUAUAAUGCUGUCUAUGCCAUAGCACAUGCUUUGCAUAUUGCAUCGUCGUCUAGAAUGAAUCAAAGAACAAUGGUGGGGAGCCAAAGGGUUCAGUUUCAGCAACUCCAGCCUUGGCAGGUUUUGCCAGUUUCACUGUGUAAUGACUACUGCUUCCCAGGUUCUCACAAGCAAAAGAAGGAAGGGGAGAAUUUUUGUUGCUACAGUUGCGUUCCAUGUCCUGCAGGAAAGGUUUCAAAUCAGAAAGACAUGGAUGCCUGCUUUCAAUGCACAAAAGAUCACUAUCCAAGUAAGGGCCAUCAAUGUAUUCCUAAAGUUAUAAACUUUCUGUCAUAUGAAGAACCUUUAGGGAUUGCUUUAGUUUCACUUGCUGUUUCAUUUUUGCUCCUCACAGUCUUGGUGCUAAGCAUUUUUAUUAAACACAGAGGUACUCCCAUCGUCAAAGCCAACAACCGGGAUGUUACCUAUGCUCUCCUCUUCUCUAUCCUUCUUUGCUUCCUCUGUUGUUUCCUCUUCAUUGGAAGACCAAUAAAGUUGACUUGCUCCCUCCAACAACCUGCUUUUGGCAUCAUCUUCUCUGUGGCUGUUUCUUGUGUCUUGGCCAAAACCAUCACUGUGGUUUUAGCAUUCAUGGCCACUAAACCAGGCUCCAGCAUGAGGAAAUGGGUGAGGAAGCGUCUGACCAACCUUAUUGUCCUUUCCUGCUCCAUGAUUCAAAUCUGUAUUUGUACAGUGUGGCUAGGAACCACUCCUCCAUUCCCAGACUGGGACGCACUGUCAAUGGAUGAAGAGAUUAUAGCAGAAUGUAAUGCAGGGUCUGUCCUCAUGUUCUACAUUGUCCUGGGCUACAUGGGACUUUUGUCCCUCAUCAGCUUGAUUGUGGCAUUCCUUGCCAGGAAGCUACCAGACAGUUUUAAUGAAGCCAAGUUUAUCACCUUCAGCAUGUUGAUCUUUUGUAAUGUUUGGUUGACAUUUAUUCCAACCUACCUGAGCACCAAAGGGAAAUACAUGGUAGCUGUGGAGAUCUUCUCCAUCUUAGCCUCCACUGCUAGUUUACUGGGAUGUAUAUUUACCCCAAAAUGCUACAUUAUUCUAGUGAGACGUGAAUUAAACAACAGGGAACAGCUGAUGGGGAAAAAGAAACGUAUUAUUUAG